GAGAAGAAGGACAGUGUAUUUUUGGCCAAGUUCGAAACCAUUGAUGGAGAAAUCAACAGGUUAAUUGGCAACCUUCAGGAUAUGGUGAGUGAAUCAGAAUAGUAAAUUACUAGUUAAUACUACUUAAAGCGGUUAUACAAUCAGUGGUUUCAUUCAUUCAGUCGAUUUAUUUAAGAUUUCAGUUAUUGCACGAGUUUAACCCAGCCUUUAUAAGUAUGCGAUUACUGCCUUGUUCUCGUCCUAUCUGUUAUUAUUGUAAAUGCAUUUUUACAUGUCUUAUGAACAAAGAGGCUGUUUAUUUUUCCCCAUAUCUUUUAAGGAGGUUCCUGGACAUUCAGAUAUGUUUUCUUUCUUGCCCUAUGUAAUACUAUAAUACUAUUAUGAAAGCCGAAGACUGCGUCAUAAUGAUAAAAAUAAAUUUUUUACCAUACUUGCCUUAUCUUUCAAGGAAAGCUCAGUUCUCUUUUCUCACCAAUCAAAUAACAAAAUUUGAGAUCGUCUUUACCAAGAACAUAAGUAUUUCAGUUGGCCUAUUGACCGACCAUACAAACUGUCCUUUUUUCUUUUUUGCACAGGAAGUGUGUCGUGGUUAUCAAAUCACGCAUCAAGGUGCCUCUGUCCAGCCCACCCUCAAACCUACCGCAACACAGAAAGAACAGGACGAGUGGGAACUGGGCGUGCUGAAAGAAUUGCUCUACUGGUUCAUACCAGUACAAGGAGAUCUUUACAAGCAGUUGAACCACAAAUACUAG